AUGGAAAAAACCAAUACUAUUGAGGAAUUUUUGACCAGAUCAGAAUUGAGCCAACAUGAUGAAGGGGAUUGUUUGCCAUCAGAAUUCGAGUCUCAAUUACCGGCACAGGUUAAAUUAGAUGACAGACCACUUGGUACAGGACAACUACUGAACUGUUGGGAAAUGUUAUCUGUUCAUGAUCAGGUCGAUUUUCAGAAACAAUAUGGGGACUUGGCACAUUUACUGAAAAUUAGGGUCCAACAUGCCUGUUUUCAAGCCAUGAUAGGUUUUUGGGAUCCAGAAUAUCGGUGUUUCACUUUUGAUACUGUGGAUAUGACUCCUACUAUCGAGGAGUAUGGAUCUUUGCUAAAUUGUCCCAAGUCAGAAAAGGUGUACUUUUACGCACCUAUAGAGCAUGCACUUUCUAACUUUGCUUGGAUUACCCAGAUAGACUGUCAACUAGCAAAAUCACAUGCAACUAAACGAGGAAACAGCCAGGGUUGGUUUUGGAAUGAGCUAGAAGCCAUAUUCAAGAGGAGACUACAUGAUGAAAGCAAUGAAAUUCGAUUGAGAAUUUUGGCGUUGGGCAUAUACGGUUUGGUUCUUUUCCCAUCUGCCGAGGGAAUGAUCGAUUUUGAGGCUGUUAAUGUAUUUAAAAAUGUGGUGACCCUCAAAAUUAAUCCUGCUACAGCAAUAUUGGCAGAAACUCUCUCAUCUUUGAAUUAUUGUAGAAAAGCCGGAAAAGGUCGUUUAAGAUGUUGCUUGCAGCUUUUGUUUGUUUGGACUGUGAGUCACAUGAUUGAGGGGAAGAUCUCAGGUUUGGUUGGUACCCCAUGGCAUCUUUAUUCUAAGUUGGAGAAUUUUGCUGAAAAACAUUUGCAUGAAGUAGGAAGAACUACAUGGGAAUCAAUGUUUCUGAGUUUGAGUAAAUCUCAAUUUCAUUGGAGGAGUCGAUAUUCUUACUUCAAAUCUUAUCUAGCAUAUUGUGGUGAGUACCCAUGGGUCCCGUUGAUAGGAGCCCGCUGCUGUAUUAGUUAUUGUCCUAACAUGGUUUUACGACAGUUUGGAUUUGAGCAGUUUAUUCCAAGGACUACCGAGCUGGCAACAUUCUAUGAAGAUUUCAAGACCUCAAAGAAAUUAUUAGAGUCAGUGAAAAAGGCAUGGAAGCAUCCUGGUAGGGUUACUUCUGUUAAUAGGGUAGAAGGAAAAACAACUAAAGGAUAUCCAAUAUGGCAGAAGAAGAGAGGGAAAGGGUACAAAGUUCCUCCAUUUGAAGGGCCAUCUAGGUCUGUGAUUCAGUCUGCUGAAGACAUAUAUGAAGAGGUUCGUGCUCAACAAGAAUCUUACAACCUAGAUUUGAAUUCUGAAGUAGAAGAGUUAACGGCUAAAAAAAGAAAGUUAGCAUCUAAUCUAGCCAUCCGAGAAAAAGCAUUGGCUAUCACGAAACAGGAAAAGGAUGACUUGUCAACUCAGCUACAACAUCAACAACUUGAGUUCCAGCGACUACAAGAAAAAUAUGCACUUCUGUCAGAAGAUAAGAGGAAGCAAGAUGUCAACGUGAAGAGAUGGGUUAAAAGAGCAUCAAAAUCUGAGGAAAUAGCAUUAAAGUUGGAAGAGGCAAAUAAAUCACUUCAGGAACAGUGUCAAAAUCAAGAUGCAGUGAUUGCCAAUUUAGAUGAGCAGGUGAACCAUUUGCUUUCCAUUAAGCAAACCUUAUCAUCAGAAAAAGAAAAUGCAGAAAAAGAAGCAGAAUGUUGGGCUUCUGAAGCUAUGCGCUAUCAUGUACAAGCAGAUGAUGCCAAGAAUUAUGCUUCAGGAUUAAGAAGCAUGGCCCAACAAAUAGCAGAUGCAAGACUUACAAGUCUACUCGAGCAGGCCCUAGCAUCCAAGUCUGGAGAGGAUACCUCUACUCAGCCAGCAGUGACAACUCCAUCUGCAUCUACUCCAAUAGCUCCUUUCGUGUUCACUUCUCAAAAUCUAGGAGCAAAUCCUUCUUCAUCUGAACAGCAGUUCACUGCCAAUGUUCCACCAGCACAAGUGCCGAUCAUAAACUUGACAGCUGAUGACUCACAUAAGAUGAGAUACUCUAAACCUGUUGAUUAUGAUAAAUUGACCGCUCUAGAAGAAAGAUUGAGAGCAGUCGAAGGGGCCGACUUAUAUGAUCCUGUUCAUGCUGCAGAGAUGUGUUUAGUCCCAAAUGUAGCUGUACCUAAAGAAUUUAGGAGGAUAGAACAAGCAAUAAGAAUAGGGAGAAUGUUAGAGCCUACUGAGAAGAAAGGCUUUAUCGGGAAAAAGAAGGAGUCUGAGGUGAACAAUAUGGAAGGAGGGUACAAGGGUAAGAAGAAAAAUUACCAUCACUAUAACUUCCAAAGACCUACCCAACAAGUUGCAAGUUUGUUGAGUAUUGGGCAAGUGGCCCCUGUUCCUUUAACCCCACUACAACCUCCAUACCCAAAUUGGUAUAAGCCUGAUAUGACAUGUGAAUAUCAUGCUGGCAUUGCUGGGCAUAACAUUGAAAGCUGUAAUGCAUUCAAAAACAAGCUCCUUCAAUUGAUAAAAGCUGGAUGGAUAACUUUUGAUGAUGCACCGAAUGUGAAUUCCAACCCUUUACCCAAUCAUGCUACAAGCAGUGGAGGGGUGAAUGCUAUCGGAGUAGAGGGUAAGAAGGAAAGAACUUUGAAGGUUUCCAUGGAAAAACUGUACGGUAUGAUGGUACAGUCUGGAUAUUUAUCCGAGUUUGAACCAGUAAUGAAUGGAAAUAAUUACUGUAAGUUUCAUGCCAAGGUGGGACAUCACAUUGAUGAUUGCGAAGAAUUUCACCAAAGAGUGAAAAGGAUGUUGAUUUUCGGCAUGAUACGGAUAGAAAGUGAAGAAGAAAGCAGUGAAGUGGGAAUGAUAGGCAGCCAGGAGAAAAAAAAAGAGGUUUGUAGACUCCAACCAACUGUGGGUGGUCCGCCAAAACUAAUCCUAAUCAAGCCUGUAUGUACCAAUAAUGGAAGUUAUGGCACAAUGCCUUACAAUUAUGGGUAUGCUUUCAACGUUAAAAAUCCUACUCCUGUCUUCCAUACAGAAAUCGGUGGUUUAACUCGAAGUGGUCGUUGUUUUACACCAGAAGAAUUAGAGAGGCAGAGGAAAGCUAAAGGAAAAGAAACAGUUGAGGCUUUUAAAGAUAUGGAAGUGAACAAACCCAUAAGUGAAGAGGAGUCUAAUGAAUUUCUGAAGUUGAUGAAGCAUAGUGAGUAUAGUAUAGUAGAUCAGUUGAAGAAAACUCCUGCUAGAAUCUCUUUAAUGUCACUUAUCUUGAGUUCUGAGUUACACCGUAAAGCAUUGCAAAAGGUGUUGAAUGAAGCAUAUGUGCCACAUGAUAUUACUCAGGAUACAAUGGAGCAUUUGGUGGGAAGAAUUCAAGCCUCCAAUUACUUAUAUUUCACUGAAGAUGAGCUAGACCCGGAAGGGACUGGGCAUAACAAGCCCUUGUAUAUCACUGUGAAAUAUAAGGACUGUCUGAUCGGCAAAGUGCUUGUGGAUAAUGGUUCAGCUUUGAAUGUGUUACCAAGGUAUAUGCUGGAUGAGAUGCCAAUUGAUGCUACUCAUAUGAGGCCAAGUACUAUGACGGCUAGAGCAUAUGAUGUGAUGGAUAUCCAUCCUUCCUAUAGCAUGUUAUUAGGAAGGCCAUGGAUACAUGCCUCUGGGGCUGUGACAUCAUCUCUACACCAAUGCCUGAAGUACAUCAUCAAUGGAACUUUAGUGAAAGUUAAGGCAGAAGAAACCUUGUCCAUGAUAAGGAAUGUGGCGGUCCCUUAUAUUGAAGCAGAAGAUUGCAAAGAUGGAGAUCUCCAUGCCUUCGAGAUUGUGAACACCGAAUGGGUACCGGAGAAUACUGUGUUAAGAAGACCAGCUAUUUCUAGUACUGCUAGAAUGAUAGCUAAAUGCUUUUUAAAACAUGGGCUGCCAUUCCAGAAUGAUCUAAUUGCUGGAAAUCAUAAAAGAGUCAACAUGAUGAAAAUUAAGGUCGUUGAUCAGAGGUUUGGGCUUGGCUUCAAGCCUAAGAAAGAUGAUCAUAAGAGAGCUGCUAGGAUAAAGCGAGAGAGAAGGUUGGCCAGAAUAGAAGGAAGAAAGCCAGAAGAAGAAGACAUUGCAAUCCCACCUAUCCAUGUUUCUUUUCCAAAGUCAGCAUAUGUGAUGAAACCUGAAAACAUGAUGGAAGUCUUGGGGCAGAAACUUGCUGUCAUGGAUAUCAACAAUGUAGAAGAAGGUGAAGAGAAAGGCUGGAACUGUGAUGAUGAGCCAAUAAUAAUAAAAGAAGAUGAAUUGUUACCACAGUUAACUGUCCAUGCUCUAGAAGAAGCUCCAACCAACGCUUUUGUGCGAAAGCUUUCAGUUGAAGAAGUAUUCCAGAAUUGGGAGAUUGAAGAAGCCCCAAUUAUUGCAAUGGAUGAAGAGGAAUGGGAUGAAGAGUUUGCUAGACGGGUAGAACAGUCGGAGCAUGUUUGGAAACCUGCGAAGGAAGAACUAGAGGUGAUAAAUGUAGGCACUGAGCAAGAUAAAAGAGAGUUAAAGAUUGGAACUCUGAUCACUACAGAAGAAAGAUGCAGUUUAACCUCAUUACUACAAGAGUAUAUCGAUGUGUUUGCCUGGUCUUAUACAGAUAUGCCUGGUUUAGACAUUGAUAUUGUAGUACACAGAUUACCUUUGAUAGAAGGAUGUAAACCUGUUAAGCAGAAAUUAAGAAGAACUCGCCCAGAUAUUGUGCUCAAAGUCAAGGCAGAGAUAGAGAAGCAGUGGGAUGCCGGUUUUCUAGAAGUUAUUAAAUACCCUCAAUGGGUAUCUAAUAUAGUGGUGGUACCAAAAAAAGAUAACAAAAUCAGAGUAUGUGUAGAUUUCAGGGAUCUAAACAAAGCCAGUCCGAAGGAUGAUUUUCCUUUGCCUCAUAUAGAUGUCCUGGUAGACAAUGCUGCUAGGAGUUCAACUUACUCCUUCAUGGAUGGAUUUUCCGGUUAUAACCAGAUUAAAAUGGCUGAAGAAGAUAAAGAGAAGACCACUUUUGUCAUACCAUGGGGAACAUUCUGCUACAAAGUGAUGCCAUUCGGGUUGAAGAAUGCUGGAGCCACAUAUCAAAGGGCAAUGGUGACACUUUUCCAUGAUAUGAUGCAUAAAGAGAUUGAAGUGUAUGUGGAUGAUAUGAUUGCCAAGUCUAAGAAUGAAGAAGAUCAUGUUCAGGUUCUAAGAAAAUUGUUUGAAAGACUAAGAAAGUAUCAGUUGAAGCUAAAUCCUUCAAAAUGCUCGUUUGGGGUAAAGUCUGGAAAGUUGCUAGGAUUUGUGAUAAGCAAUAAAGGAAUAGAGGUCGAUCCUGAUAAAGUGAAAGCAAUUCAGGCUAUGACAGUUCCUAAGACUGAGAAAGAAGUAAGAGGUUUCUUAGGACGUUUGAAUUACAUUGCUCGAUUCAUAUCCCAGUUAACAACAACAUGUGAGCCAAUUUUUCGAUUACUUCGGAAAAAGAACCCUGGUAUAUGGGACAAAGAUUGUCAAGAGGCUUUUGAUAAAAUAAAGCAAUACUUACAGAAUCCACCUUUACUCGUGCCCCCUGUGCCUGGAAGACCUUUGAUCUUGUAUUUGACAGUAACUGAGGUAGCAAUGGGUUGUGUGUUGGGACAACAUGAUGAGUCUGGAAGAAAGGAGCAAGCUAUCUAUUAUCUGAGUAAGAAGUUUACAGAUUGUGAAUCCAGAUAUACUGUGACUGAGAAGCUAUGUUGUGCUCUUGUAUGGAGUACGAAGCGUCUUCGACAAUAUAUGUUGUAUUAUACCACCUGGUUGAUCUCAAAAAUGGAUCCUCUUAAAUACAUCUUUGAGAAACCCUACUUGUCAAGCCGAAUAGCAAGAUGGCAAGUGAUGUUGGCUGAGUAUGACAUUGUAUACAAGACAAGAAAAUCUGUAAAAGGAAGUGUAAUUGCUGAUCAUCUAGCAGAUAAUGCUAUCAAUGACUAUGAGCCUUUGAAAUUUGACUUCCCGGAUGAGGAUAUGUUGAUAGUAGAAGAGGACAAAGAAAAGAAUGAUUGGUGGAUCAUGUAUUUUGAUGGGGCAGUGAAUGUUUCUGGUAAUGGAGCAGGCGCUGUGAUAAUCUCACCUGACAAGAAGCAAUAUCCCGUCUCAGUCAAACUACAAUUUGAAUGCACUAACAAUACUGCUGAAUAUGAGGCUUGUAUCCUUGGAUUAGAAGCUGCUUUGGAGAUGAAAAUAAAGAAGCUUGAUGUCUAUGGGGAUUCAAUGUUAAUAAUCUGUCAAGUGAAAGGCGAAUGGCAGACCAAGGAGGAAAAAUUGAUACCAUAUCAACAAUAUCUCUCGAAACUGACUGAGGGCUUUGAUGAGAUAGAUUUUACCCACAUGGGAAGAGACAAAAACCAGUUUGCUGAUGCUUUGGCAACCUUAGCUUCUAUGGCCAAAACUGAUUACGGAGUAAGAGUACAACCAAUCUGCAUUGAGAUUAGAAAUUUUCCAGCUCAUUGUUGUUCAGUUGAAGGAGAAAUAGAUGGGAACCCAUGGUUUCAUGACAUCAAGCAGUUUAUCCAAUAUCAAGAGUAUCCCUUGGGGGCAUCCAAAGCAGAUAUGAAGACCUUGAGAAGGUUAGCUCUGGAAUUUUACCUGGAUGGAGAAAUUCUA